CAUAUCCCAUAUGAACAUUUUGUUCGGUACCUAAUUACACAACAUCACCUCCAAAAAAUAGGAAAAUUUGCAGAACGAAUAUGCUCCUCCUAUGUGAAUGUCUCAUACAGUCAUACUCUCAAUGGGGCUCAUACCAGAUGGUGGACCGGGAAGUGUUUCCAGGACCGACAGCUAGACAAAAAGACACAGACUAGUCUGUACUCUCUGGUUUAUGCUAACCUUGUCAUGCAUGAAUACAUAUCAGGCUAUUACUGUGAGAAGGGAUGGAAGUUGACAGCGGUAACAUGGAACCAGUUGGAAGCUGGUCAUAAAUUGCCUUGUAACUGGCAACAGUGGUCUAAAUCAAGAAGGGGUUGCAAUGUAGAUGGUAGCUCAUUUGGGAAUCCUGGUGCAGCAGGUGGGGGCAUUAUUCGGGAUUCAGCUGGCCGUGCUUUAGCUGGUUUUGCGCAGCAUAAUGGGGUGUCUUCUAACACUGUUGCGGAAGGACGUGCGUUACUUGAUGGCUUAAGACUGGCUCAACAAAUGUGGAAUCAAAGACCUCAUGGUGGAAUCAGAUUCUUCCGUGGUGUAUAUGUCAUAUCUACAGAGAAGGGAAUAUGGUAGCGGACUUCCUAGCCAAGGAGGGUGCCAAUAAUAACAGUUGGUUAUUUUCUUGAUCAGAAAUUGGAAUCGGGACGCUUCGAGGACUUUUGCGCACUGAUUGUUGGAAACUUCCUUAUUUACGCUUGUAAUUCUUUGCUUAUUAUUUUGGUGUAAAUGGUAGUUCCUCAGCCUUGGUGAGGUCUGGCAAUAAAACUUCCUCCUUUUGAUUAAAAACAAAAAAAAACUGGAUGUGAUUUUCUACCCCCACACUCUCAGACAAAUAUCACAGGUGACCCCGCAUAUCUCUGUUUAUAUUUGCUUACGGAUCAUGUGUGUCCAAUCUGUGUAUGUAAAAUCAUAAGAAGACAGACUUCUUCACGAGCCUAUUUAAUGCUUCCAUUAAUGAUUAGGCACUAGUGAGGCCAAAGGGUUGAUAAAUAAGGCCAAGCUCUAAGUGCAGGUCUAUUAAUGGAGGAGCCACCGGGGAGAAUUUGUGACACCCGCACUAUUCUCUUCAUUUCUUAAAGAAUAAAAGAACAAAUCCCACCACAGGGUUCAAGCAACAACAUGGGCGUAAAUGCUAGCA